UCGGUGCCGCUGCUUGGGGGCUGUAGUGACCGCGCCGCUCCUGCUGGGGGCUGCCCUUGCCAAGGACCUACCUCUGUCGUCUCCUCUUCCGCCGCCCAGUUUCCCUGCAAGAACACCCCCCGAGAUGGCAGAGGAGAACAGCAAUACCAGGGACUGCCUGUCCUCCAGCGUGCUCAGCUGGGAUCAGGUCAGCCGUCUGCAUGAGGUCCUGACCGAGGUCGUACCCAUCCACGGACGAGGCAACUUUCCGACCUUGGAGAUAACUCUGAAGGACAUCGUCCAGACCGUGCGCAGCCGGCUGGAGGAGGCGGGCAUCAAAGUGCAGGACGUCCGGCUGAACGGCUCUGCGGCUGGCCACGUCUUGGUCAAAGACAACGGCCUGGGUUGCAAAGACCUGGACCUCAUCUUUCAUGUGGCUCUUCCCACAGAGGCGGAGUUUCAGCUGGUCAGAGAUGUGGUGCUGUGCUCCCUCCUGAACUUCCUGCCGGAGGGUGUGAAUAAGCUCAAGAUCAGCCCGGUCACCCUGAAGGAGGCCUACGUCCAGAAACUGGUGAAGGUCUGCACGGACACGGACCGCUGGAGCCUGAUUUCCCUCUCCAACAAGAACGGGAGGAACGUGGAGCUGAAAUUCGUCGACUCCAUCCGGCGCCAGUUCGAGUUUAGCGUGGACUCUUUUCAGAUCAUCUUGGAUUCGUUGCUCUUUUUCUACGACUGCUCCACUAGCCCCAUCUCUGAGCACCUCCACCCCACGGUGAUCGGGGAGAGCGUGUAUGGGGACUUUGAGGAAGCCUUCGACCACCUGCAGAACAGACUGAUUGCCACCAAGAACCCCGAAGAGAUCCGGGGCGGGGGGCUGCUCAAGUACAGCAACCUCCUGGUGCGGGACUUCAGGCCCACGGACCAGGAGGAGAUCAAAACGUUAGAGCGUUACAUGUGCUCCAGGUUUUUCAUCGACUUCCCGGACAUCCUCGAACAGCAAAGGAAGCUGGAGACCUACCUUCAAAACCACUUUGCCGAGGAAGAGAGGAGCAAGUACGACUACCUCAUGAUCCUUCGCAGGGUGGUGAACGAGAGCACCGUGUGCCUCAUGGGGCACGAGCGGAGGCAGACCCUGAACCUCAUCUCCCUCCUGGCCUUGCGCGUGCUGGCAGAACAAAACAUCAUCCCCAACGCCACCAACGUCACCUGCUACUACCAGCCAGCUCCAUACGUCAGCGACGGCAACUUCAACAACUACUACGUUGCCCACCCCCCAGUUACCUACAGCCAGCCGUACCCUACCUGGCUACCCUGUAACUAACCCUGAGACCUGAGGGUUUCCACAGCGGGGACCCCAAUAGGGCAAGGGCUCUCAGGUAGGGGAGCCUCCUUCUAGAUGUAGGUGUUUGGCUUUUAAAGGGGAACUCAGCUCUGAUUCUGCUUAUUUUGUUCUUUGUGCACCCAUUGGAAUGGGUCUACAGUAUAUCAUGAGCCAACCCUGAAGGGACCCCAUCAUUCCAGUGCCACUUUGGAAAACGCUAUAGGAAGUAGGACCCAUCCACAUCUUUCCGAGAGAGACACUAACAUGUCACGUCUCAAACAUCCGCGCGGGAACAUUUGGAGCUCUGUGCGCUAAUGGAAUCUGGGAAAGUUCCUGGGCGGUGUUUCUCACUCGGGCCUACGGUUGGCUCUGUUGGCCCUCACUUGGGGUUCUCAGCUGUUAGGUGAAAGUUGUGGUGAUAGUCUAUUUUCUUGUACCAAUUUUAGCCAGGCAGAAAAUGGUGGACAUGAGAGUGGUCUCGUGACUGCAUUUUUCUGUUCGGGAGACUGAAUUGCGUAUGUUUAUUCCCUGUUAGCAGAGCUGAGGAUUUCUUCUCAUCAAUAAACCAAAGCCGGUAGCUGGAGAAUUGAGAUCUGGUUGAAAGUGGUUUAUGGUUUAGAUGUUGUGCUCUCACGAGGAUUUGUGAGAUAUUGCUGAGGGGGGAAAAAAAA